AUGAACGUCCACAAGCGCUGUGUGCAGAGCGUGCCCAGCCUGUGCGGCGUGGAUCACACCGAGCGGCGCGGGAGGCUGCAGAUCCGCGUGCAGCCCAUAGGGGGCGACACGCUGCGCGUCACCGUGGGGGAGGCCCGCAAUCUGAUCCCCAUGGACCCCAACGGGCUGUCGGACCCCUAUGUGAAGCUGAAGCUGAUCCCCGACCCCAAAAACGCCUCCAAGCAGAAAACGCGGACCGUGAAAGCGACGCUGAACCCCGUGUGGAACGAAGCCUUCGUCUUCGCUCUGCGUGCCGGCGAUGCGGAGCGGCGGCUGUCGGUGGAGGUUUGGGACUGGGAUCGAACGUCGCGCAACGACUUCAUGGGAGCCAUGAGCUUCGGGGUGGCCGAGCUGCUGAAGGGCGGCGUGGACGGAUG